UGUUGAUCAAUCAGAUGAGAUUUCUCAAUCAUGUCGUGUCCUUCCUACUCAAACACUUGAUGAUCCAAAUAUACUUGUUGAACCAUCUUAUUAUGAAGAAAUCGGGCAACAUGAAUUGAUUCAACUUGACAUGAAUUGGGGAAACAAAGAUGAUGAAGAUGAAGAUGAAGAUGAAGAUGAAGAAGCUGAUGGUGAUGGUGAUGGUGAUGGUGAUGGUGAUGGUGAUGGUGAUGGUGAAGAAGAAGAAGAAGAUGAUGAUGAGGAUGAUUGUUAUGGUGGUGAUGGUUAGGAAUGAUGAUAAUAAUGAGUAGCACAAGUUAAUUAUAUUUUGUAGUAUAUGUAAUGAAUUAUCUUUAUUAUAUGUAUGAAUGAUUUCAUAUUAUUUGACAAUAUUUAGGCUGUCAAUGUUUUUUUUUUAUUAUUUUAUUCAAGUGUGGGUUAUGCAUCACAUUACAUAAAUCAUUUUCAUUCACCUUUGAAACCAUUUAUAACCUUUCAAGUAUCAAUCUUUAAAUUGUGAUUCUGAUGUUAUAUUUUAUUUUGUGAUUCGUUUUCUUGCUUACAGAUGCUGAAGCGUGAAAGAAAGGGUUCUUCCUACUCAAUGUUUUGAUUUAUAGGACCAAACAUCAAGCAUGCCUCGACGAGGAUCCAUAUUAGAUUCUAGGAGUGACAGGUCCACUUCAAGGAGUGACAAGUCCACUUCAUCCAAGUCAUUUCAAACUACAUCAAGGCAUAAUAACAAAGGAUCCACAUUUCAUCAACCUGUGUAUCAGGACGCAAAUGAGUAUUAUAUACCUACUUUGGGGAGUACACAUCCUCCUCAACAUGAUUAUGGGAGGGUUGAUGCAUAUCAAUAUUGUGAGGGCUUUCGUUUUCAAGAUUUGCUUCAAACUCAAGGAGGUUUCUCUCGAGAUAACCAACUUGUUUAUGGAGGACAUAAUUUAUAUGGGAGUUAUAGGAGAGUUGAAGGUAAUGAUAAUGAUGUGAACAUUAGAAAUGAAGAUGAGGGAGACGGUAGUAAUGAGAGAGGUGUAUGUGAUGAGAGAGAUGUAUGUGAUGAGGAUCAAGAUGGUGUUCCAUCAUAUCACGGUUCAACAUCUUCUCCAUACAAUUAUGAUCAAAGUGUUAAAAGGAAGGGUUUUGACACGUCAAUAGAUCCAAUAACAAGAAAAAAAGAGCUUUGUUUGUAUGGAACAACAGAGUUCAAUAAUGCAUCGUGUGGUCGUGCAAUCGGAGAUAUUUUGAGGUCCAAUUUUAAGGGAGCAUGGCACUCUUGGGAAAAAGUAGAUCCAAUGUGCAGGGAUGAACUCUUUAAAGAGUUUAAGAAAAAAUAUUCCUUUCCUGAGGAAGAUGAGUCGAUUGUUCGUAAUAUUUGGGAAGAUAAGGCUAGGAUAGCUUUGAAUCAACAAUUGACCCGAGCUCGCAAGAAAGCCAUGUCAAAAGAAAACACUACAAAUAUUAUAGAUUGUCUUGAUAAGGGUCCUGCCUGGAUAAACAAUGAUGACUGGAAUCAAAUGAUCAAAGAUGUUUGGUCCACCCCUGAAUUUCAAAGAAGAUCUGAAUCUGCUAGGAGAAAUCGAUUAACCAAAACAGAUGGCAAAAUAAGCACUCAUUCUGGAGGAACAGUGUCAUUUGCAUCAUAUCGAGCUAACAUGCAAGAGGAAGCUGGUGGAAAAGAACCUCCAUGGGAUGAUGUCUUUACAGCUUUGCAUCAAAGUACUAAGCAAUUUGGUAGCUUUGUCGACAACAAGUCUAAAAAAGUGGUUGAAAAUUAUAAAAUGGAGAUGAUUUCAAAGUAUGGAACUGAUCGGGAAAAUCAUCCUUCAUUUGAUGGAGCAGCUUGGUGUGUGGCUUCAGGAGGAGUUACAAAGGGUAGGGUAUAUGGUGCACCUCGUAUGCCAAAAUCAAAAGUUAGUACAAGCUCUUCGUCACAUUCUUACUCGGUGGAGUCAUCAUAUCCCAGUUCAUCGUAUCGAGCAUUGCAAAAGGAGAUAAAGGAUAAAGAAGAGGAGAUAAAGAAAAAAGAUGAUUUUAUUCUUGAAAUGAAACGGCAGAUGGAUUCCAUGAAAGAAUAUCUUGUGAACAAUCUUGGAUACCAUGGUGGGACAUCAAAUAUUGAUCAAGGUAUGCCACCACCUUUGACUCCAUCAAUACCGCCACCUAUGGCUCCUCAGAUAAUGACACCUAUGGGUCCUGCAUUUCAACCAAUUUUUCGACCUACACCUCGACCUUUAUAUCCUGCUCAAUCUUCUGUUGAUCCACAAUAUCAUGGUUCAUCUUCGCAACCUGCACCAUGAUUGUAUCUUUUGUUGUUUUUUUUAUUGUAUUUGAACUUAA